AUGGCUUGGAGGGGCUGUUUGAGGUUGGGGGCUCGUCUGCGGGGCUCUGCCUGGGGGCGCAGAGGGGUUGCCUCCUGCAUCGACCCUGCUGUGGGCCUGACGGAGGAGCAGCAGGAAUUUCAAAAGGUGGCUUUUGACUUUGCUGCCAAGGAGAUGGCCCCACGCAUGGCUGAGUGGGAUGAAAAGGAAAUAUUCCCAGUGGAAACCCUCCGGAAAGCAGCUUGGCUGGGAUUUGGGGGCAUCUACGUGAAGCCAGAGGUGGGGGGCUCUGGGCUCUCUCGGCUUGACACCUCGGUCAUCUUCGAGGCUCUCUCGACCGGCUGCGUCAGCACCACGGCUUACAUCAGCAUCCACAACAUGUGCGCUUGGAUGAUCGACACCUUUGGGAACGAAGACCAGAGGCUGAAAUUCUGCCCUUCCCUUUGCAGCAUGGAAAAAUUUGCCUCUUACUGCUUGACGGAGCCGGGAAGCGGAAGCGAUGCGGCUUCAUUGUUAACUUCAGCCAAGAAACGUGGCGAUGUGUAUAUCCUCAACGGCUCCAAGGCUUUCAUCAGCGGUGGUGGCGACGCUGACCUCUAUGUGGUAAUGUGCCGCACAGGCGGGGAAGGCCCGAAGGGCAUCUCCUGCCUGGUGCUGGAGAAAGGAACUCCGGGCUUGAGUUUUGGCAAAAAAGAGAAGAAAGUAGGUUGGAAUUCGCAACCAACCCGGGCGGUCAUCUUCGAAGACUGCGCCGUUCCGGUAGCCAACCGGCUAGGAGAGGAAGGCCACGGGUUCAACAUCGCCAUGCAGGGCCUCAACGGCGGGAGAAUUAAUAUUGCAUCCUGUUCCUUGGGGGCUGCCUAUGCUUCAGUUCUUCUGGCUCGAGAGCAUCUUAAUGUCCGCAAACAGUUCGGCGAGAUCUUGGCCACCAAUCAGUAUCUCCAGUUCCAGCUGGCUCAGAUGGCAACCCGGUUAGUGGCAGCCCGUCUGAUGGUGCGCAACGCCGCCCAAGCUCUGCAGGAACAGCGGAAUGAUGCUGUGGCUCUGUGCUCCAUGGCCAAGCUAUUUGCCACAGAUGAGUGCUUUGCGAUCUGCAAUCAAGCCCUGCAGAUGCACGGCGGUUAUGGCUACCUGAAGGAUUACGCUGUGCAACAGUUUGUGCGAGACAUCAGGGUGCACCAGAUUUUGGAAGGGACCAAUGAAAUCAUGAAAAUGAUCAUAGCCAGGACUCUGUUACAAGCCUGAGUGUCCGGAGAUGGCCAUCGGCCUCAGUGUGCUACAAGGUGCUUUGGGGACAUACGUGCCAGGCAAGAGGAAAAGCGAUGCAUUUUUCUCUUUGGCCUAAAUUCCAGAUUUUGCAACCGGCACAGACUGGUAGAGCUGGAAAGUCAGGACAAAGGCAGUCUGGUCUCAAUAGAUCCUUUUGUCCACAAUAGUGCCAACGCUGAACAUCUGCUCCCCACUACUGGUUGAAAUUCCUCCAUGUGGGAGUUCUCGGCAUCAGCAUGGGUUCCCGCAUCCCAGCAGCGUCUCCUCCUGGGAAGAAUCAGAUCCAUUCUGGAUUUAGCUUUAGCUGGGAAACCUACUCAUUUUCUUCUUAAUGCAUACUUCUCUCCAGAAAAAGGGAGAAUUGUUUCCCAAAGGAGACAGAAACCUCUCUCUCUCUUUAUUCCCCCUAUCCCCCAGUCUUUAACACGGAAAGGAAGUCUUGCCAUGCUCUCGGUAAGUCGAUUUUUAGCACGGAGAUGGUAGGAACCUGAUUAAAACAAAAACAAAAAUCUUUUGCCAUCGUGUUAGUUGGCCACAGAAAAGCCAACCAUGGACUUGUUCGUUUGUUUGCAUCCGAAGCAUCACAAUUGAAAUAAGACGUACUUGUAUGCCACACACAGUUGAAAAUAUAAAAUCACAGGAUUAAAAUCUGCACAAGCUACAACGAAUUGCGCCCAGAGUGAAGUGCAAACUGCAGAUUAUUUCCUUCUGAAUGUUGGAAUCAAUAAACGCCUCGUGAUUUCUUGUC